AAGAAAAAAGGGGGCGCGAAUUAGAAAAAAUAGCAUAAAAUACUCGUUUUAUAAUGGCAUUGGCGAACUCAUCCCGGCUCGUUUUCUAACUUGGGAUUCGUGUUGCCAGUGAUUUUCUAGGGAGAUUUCAUUUCUUAUUCUGUACUGUUUUGUGGUUGUAAGUACUGCACUUGCGCACUGGACCUAAUGUUGUUUAUAUUUUUGUUUUUCUUUAUCAACAAUAAUUUCUGUAACUGUUGAACAAUAUGGAUUGUUGUUACACUGGUGCCGAGCCUUUACCUGCACUAACACGUGCAUUACAAGAAAUUCGUUUAAUCCAAAGAAGGAGACUGAAAACCAAAAUGACUUCCGUUACAAUUGGAGAUGGUGAAGCAACUAUAAUUAGUCUCCAUAAUAUCUCCAAAACAUAUACUGGGACUGUACGCAUUGUGAAGUUUGAAGAUAACUAUCACGUUCAAGUAAAUUCCAAUGGCAAGAACUUGCUACUAAUUCCAUGUGGGCAAAUAGUAAGUUGCAGCAUGGUGAAGACUGUCGUUACCUUACACUUACACGAGGAUUUUUUGUGGGAAAAAUGUAUUUUAAACUUUCAUAGUGAAGAACAGGCUGAUGUCUUCAAAUUGAAAUUGCCACCUAUUGAGAGACCCGAGUACCAGAAUUCGACUGAAAACUCUGAUACAGAUUUUGAAGAUUCCGGCAAUGAAAAAACCGAAAUAAUGAAAGAUAACUCAUUCAACAACUCAUCAAUAGAUGAGUCAGAACAUUAAAAAAAAAUUUGUUAAUUUAAUUUUCAUUAAUACAGUCUAUUUUUUUUGCAAUAUCAUCUAGAUGAACCCAAUUCAAUAAUAAAUACAGUUUUUACAUAGGAUGUUUUACCAUCUCGGAAAAAUUUCGCUUCGCUCCUGAAGUGGCCCAAUAGAAAAACCAGGUGAUUCCGAAGGCUCUUUAAUAUGUUUUAAAAACAAGAGGAUCUUUAAAAACAUGAUGUGUGCUGAAGAGGCCUUACUAGUAGUUAUAAAAUUCGGAAAAUUAUCCAAAAGACAGAAAUUUGCAAAAUCAGGUCUCAAAUGCAUUAUUUUUGUUUUGUUUGGAGCGUUUUUCUUUGAGAAGUUUACUGAAUUUGGAAGGUAGAAAAUUGCAAAAUUUGGUUACAAACUCAUUUUGUGCAAAGGCUUAGUUGGGAAGAAAUAAAAGCCCGAUUUGGGUUAUUGUUACAUUUUUAUUUUUGACAUUUGAGUGUUUUACUCGUAUAAGUGUAAAUUAAUAAAUAUUUGUAUAUUAUAAAAACAUAAUAUUUACAGAAAGAAAUAUUAGUGUUGUAACAUCAUAUUAAAUAACAUAAUGCAAUUCGUAGGCAAUAGGUAGUAAAAAGGUCUCGUUUUCUUUUAUAAAACGCGAAAGAAUUACACUGAAAUAUCCACAAUAGGAAAAAUAUGAAUAUGAAUCAAAUUUACGAUCGAUUCCAUCGAUAGUCAACACACUAUGUAUAAAAAACAAAAUCUAAGCUAGUGUUUUCCAUACAAACAAACAAUUUACAAAUAUAUUUCAAGCAAAGAGUUUUCUUCUUAGUGACUUAAAAAAUGCGGUGGAAUCCAACACUGAUUCAACCAUUGAUGAAUUUUAUUAAAAUAAGAAUUUAGUGAGAAAUCAUCGACAACACAACCAAUGUUGGUCCACCAAAAACAGCCCUGCAUUUUUUCAUCUAAUCUAUUUAAAUAUAAAUACAACUGGAAUGACACUAAUAAUAAAUUUUAUUGUUGUUUCCAUGGACUCGUUUUAGUACUUUCAAAUAGAACGAAAUGAAAGCGGUCGUAUUCAACAAAUUGGCACAGAAAAAGCCGACUUGAAACAAAAAAGGCACAUAAUACUUAAAAAGAAAAAUACAGAGAAAUUGCAAUAAUACAUCAUGUUGGUAAAAAGGUGAUUUAUCUAAUAUCUCAGACGCUGCAUCGAACUAAAAAUACACUUCUGGUGUAGCCAACCGACAUAAAAAAAAAUAAUAACAUUUAAUAAAGCGUUAACAAAAAAUUAAUAAAUGAUUAGAUGACUAAUUAACAACGAACUAGACUUAAAUGACAAGUGGCAUGUCUUUCUUAUUAGGUAAAUUAACCUUUUUGCCUUGCCAAAGCGAAUUAUGAAUCGUGAAAGCAUCUAUGGUCACCGUCAAAUGUUUCGUAUGGACUUGCGAAAAACAUUUGCCUCCUGAGUUGUACCUAAAACAAAAAUAGUAUAUUACAUGCGACGUGGUAAUUACCACCGAAGUUUAUAUGCUAUUUUAUCCACAAUCACAUUUCAUUUUAAUAGUAUGCGUUGAUUGACAGAAAUAUAAAGUAUAGGAGAAAAUCAGCCGUCAAUAGAUGGUACUAAUAUCAUUAUGUUUUCCCCAUUUGAAUAGUUUGCAGUUGAUGUGCCAGAUGUCUCUUUUACUAAUUUUGGCGGGUAGCUUAGACGACGGUGCGGCGACGUUUUGGCGGGGUUUUGACGGAAUUUUGUGACAACUUAAAAAUCUUAUUUAAUCUGUCACGUAAUGUCUUUUAAGAUCAUUUUUUAUUUAAAAUAAUAAUGCCAAAAGUUGAAAUCUUCAUUUUAGAAAGUAAUGCAUCGAAAUAGAUCCUCCCACAUAGUUUCUGCAAUAAACUACGGAGCAAAAACGCUUGCAAAUAAUCAUAUUUAUCAAAUUGACAUUUGGAUAGUUCCAAGCUUGACACCAGAGGUCAGCUACUUUGCUGAUUUUCUCCUAUCCAAUAGGCCAAAAUCGUGAACUUGUCACAAUGGUAAAUUCCGAUAGAUGACAUCUCUAGACUCAUUUGACAAAAAUUAUAUAAUUUCAAGUCCAUUUAGAUCAACAAAGCGAUUUAAAAGUAGGUGAUACUCAUGAUUUUGAUUUAAAAAUGUUCCAGGUGCAAUAUAAUAAAUUUAUCUUAUACAU